AAUUUCAACACUUCGCAUGGUAAUUCGUGCAUCUGUGCGUCUUCGGGAUUCUCGCGGCAUCGUAGAUAGGCCCAACUCGGCCGUGGCCAAAAGCUUUAUAUUGACUAUCCUUCCCGAAUCCGUUGCGCUUCUGCCAGUAUCCCCUCUCAAUCCUUCUUCACCCUCAAGAGUCUCAAAAUGGUCGCCCUUCAGGCUCUCAGUCUGGGCUUGCUGGCUUCGCAAGCCUUGGCCUUCCCUGCCGCCUCUCAGCAGGCUGCUACUGCUACUCUACCUACCACGGCGUCCAGCUCAACUGCGGUCGCCUCAUCCCAGCUCGACCAGCUGGCCGACUUUGCGUACAACGUCACCACCGACAGCGUCGCCGGCGGCUCUGAGAGCAAGCGCGGGGGCUGUACCUUGCAGAAUCUCCGCAUCCGCCGCGACUGGAGGGCCUUCUCCAAGGCCCAGAAGAAGGACUACAUCAACUCCGUCCUGUGCCUUCAGAAGCUGCCUGCACGCACCCCGGCUGACGUGGCCCCGGGCGCCAGAACUCGUUAUGAUGACUUCGUAGCCACCCACAUCAAUCAGACCCAGAUCAUUCACUACACGGGUACUUUCUUGGCUUGGCAUCGCUACUUCGUCUAUGAGUUCGAGCAGGCGCUGCGUGAUGAGUGCAGCUACACCGGCGAUUUCCCCUACUGGAACUGGGGUGCCGAUGCCGAUAACAUGGAGAAGUCUCAAGUCUUCGACGGCAGCGAGACCUCAAUGUCAGGCAACGGCGAGUUCAUCCCCAACCAGGAGAACAUCCAGCUGCUCCUCGGUAACUACCCAGCCAUCGAACUGCCCCCCGGCAGCGGCGGCGGCUGCGUCACCAGCGGUCCAUUCAAGGACUACAAGCUGAACCUGGGCCCAGCCGCUUUGUCCCUGCCCGGCGGAAACAUGACCGCAGCUGCCAACCCCCUCGCCUAUAACCCCCGCUGCCUGAAGCGCUCCCUCACCACUGAGAUCCUGCAGCGAUACAACACCUUCCCCAAGAUCGUGGAGCUCAUCCUCGGCAACAACGACGUUUGGGACUUCCAGAUGACCAUGCAGGGCAUUCCCGGCAGCGGCUCCAUCGGCGUGCACGGCGGUGGCCACUACUCCAUGGGCGGCGACCCCGGUCGCGACGUUUACGUGAGCCCCGGCGAUGUGGCCUUCUGGCUUCACCACGGCAUGAUUGACCGCGUGUGGUGGAUCUGGCAGAACCUGGACCUCCAGAAGCGCCAGAACGCCAUCUCCGGUACCGGUACCUUCAUGAACAACCCCGCCUCGCCUAACACGACUCUGGACACUGUUAUCGAUAUCGGCUAUGCCAAUGGCGGGCCCAUCGCGAUGCGCGAUAUCAUGAGCACCACUGCUGGUCCUUUCUGCUACGUGUAUCUGUAGAUGGAGACCAUUCCACGCUACCAUUUCUG